AUGACAGACCCAGCGGCACCACGCCUUCGCAAGGUCUUCAAGCCUCUUGACCAAUACUCGCGGGUCAAGCUCUCGGCUGUCCGGCUCCACCGUCAUGAACGGCUCCUCACUCAGGGCCCGGACGCGCCGCUACCUCCACCACUACCAGAACUCGCACCACAGGCAGAAGCAGAGGGCGGAACUGAGAGUCAUCGGUCUUCACGACUUGCUCCUUCUCUUCGUCCGCAUCCGCCUUCGCCUCGGCCGCGGCAGCACACUCGCCCGCGGAAGACUGACCUUGGCCUCGCACCCAAGCCGUUUCCCAACAAUCGCGGUCUGCAGCAGCCGCAUCCUCCGCCUGCACCGGCCCCGGCACCGGCGCCGUCUUCUGAUCCGAGGUACAAUGCCUUGCUUGAGCCACUAGCUUCUCACACGCUCCCGCAUGUUCCGCGAGAUGCCGCCUUUAACUCGGUCCCUCUCCCGAUGGGCGUGCCCCCGCCGCUGCGGCUCUCGGCUGCCCGCGCUCGGGCCCGCGCUGGCCGCACCACCAUUGCACCACUGCUCAACGCGCCGGUAUCGGUCGGUACCUCUCGUGGCUCACGGGCCACCUCGCGCUCGCUCGGCUCCCGCGCCAUUCUCACCCCGAUCGACCCGCCGCCGACCGCCUCGGCCGCCCUCGACGACUUUCCCACCUUUCUCCCGCUCGACUCGUUCGAUGCCAUCGAUGCUGCCUCACGCCCGCCGUCGGAGCGGACUGCCCGUGCCGAGCGGCCGGACGUUCCGCCGGCGUCGUUUGAAAACUACUCCAACGUGGCUGCCGUCUCCAAGUUCUUCCGCCACGACGGCUCGUUCGAAUGGAUGCCGGUCCGCGUUCUUGGCUUUGACCCCGACAAGAAUCUGUACCUCGUCGAGUUUGUCCACACCAACUCGUCCAAGUAUGUCUCGCGCUUCAACCUCGUCUUUGACGGCGAAGACACCGGGCUCCUCGAUGAUCGUCGCCGCGAGGCCCUCGCUCUCCGCGACGAGCAGGAACACUGGCUUCGCCUGCUGUACUACGUCAACGACAUGCCGUCGCCGCCAUCGCUCUCGAUGCCGCGCACCCAGCUCGAGAGAAUCCUCACCCUCGCUGCCGUGCCGCCCUCCCACCCGUCGUUCGCCGACCUCGUCCUUGACAUGCAGGCCAACCACGCUCGCGGCCAGAAGCUCGCUGCCGUCAAGUCACGUUUUGGUGCCGACCCGGAGCUUGCAGCCCAGUACUCGGCGCUCAACUUUGCGCUCCUCGACACUCGUCGGCCUGUCCCGCACCACGCCAUGGUCCAGCUCCCGCUCGGCUCACCAGGCACCCGCUCGCUUGUCCGUCAUUUUGACGCUUUCCUCGUCCGUGCGCUGAGCCCGGCCGUCGCAGCGCUCAACGCUAUCCGGGCAGAGUGUCUCGCGGUCGAAGAGCUUGUACUGUUCAACACGAACGUUGCCUCGUCGCCGUCGGUCGCCGCCUCGGGCCUCGCCCCGGGCGCCGUCCUCGAACUCGCCGCCUUUCGGACCGAGCAGCGCGCCGUCUCGGUCUCCACCAUCAAGCAUUUGCGCGCCACCUGGCGUGAGCGAGUCAAGCACCAGUUUGAGCUCAACUUGCCGGUCAUCAUCCAGACCGCCGCCCUCGACACCUCGCUGGCUGGCCGGCCUGCCGUCCGCAUGCGUGACAUCCUCCUCCGCAUCACCGCCCUUCUCAUGGAGUCUGCCGUCCGCGGUCUUAUCACCUCGGCCAUUUCCUCACUCGACGCCUUUUUCGCGCCCUACGCGGACGUGCCCGACUUUGAGCCUGCCGCGUUGCCCAAUGCCGCCACCUCGGAUGACCUCGACUGGUCUGCCCUCCUCCACGGUGCUCCGCCGUUUGCGCCGGACCUCGACUCACUGCCAAGCUCAACGCCGCUUCUCCGCAUUGCCCGCUGCCUCCCGGAACCGCUGUUUGUCACCACCCUUGUCCUCACUGGCUUCCACGCUCAUCCGUCCAAAGCCAACGAGUCUGACCCGCUUUGGGACGCCCAACACGACCUCAUCUACCGUGAUUCAUACCUCGCCACCGUCGCAGCUGCCGGCGAGUCUUCUCUCUCCAUGGCGCUCUCAUCGUCGACCAUCGCUGCCGACCUGUUCCUAGUUGGCGAGCAGGAUUUGGAUCACGGCUCGAUUGAGGACCUGCACAUCGCCGUGCCUGAGCAGCUCGCCGAGAUCGAGUCUACCACCCCGGCUGACGAGCUUGCCGCCCGCGCCGCCCGCGCCCGCGCCGCACACAAGGACUCACUUGUCCGCGACACCGUCGGCCUCGCUCUCGACCCGCCGCUCUCGGCCUUUGAGACCAUGCUCACCUCAGUCAUGGACGACAUUCUUGCUGCCGCCGACAAGGUGCCGCUCAUCGACUCGGAAGUGACCGGCAACCCGGCCCUGUUCUCAAAGUACCUGGCCUCGGUUGAUCCGACCUCGCCGGACAUUGCUCCGGUCCUCACCGGCGUCAUGGCGAAUCUCCGCGCCAACUUUGCACUUCCGCGCGAGCUCCUUGCUCGCCUCACACCGUACACCGCGUACAUCCGCCUUUACACCCAGCGCGCUGCCUUUGAAGCUGCCAUCAUCGACAUGGCUCCGUCACUCGACCAGUACGCUGCACUAGUUCGGGCCCAACGUGACCGCGCCGCCGCCGUUCGCGCAGACCUUCCUGACCUCCUUGCCUUUGGCCUCUUCGAGAUCAACCUCAAGCCGGCAAAGACCGUGCUGGCCGCCAUGGCCGAGUCGCUCGCCCGCCUUGUUCUGCGCCUCCUGCACGCUGAGGCCCGCGACGACGCCUCUCUCGUCCGCGCCUCGUUCAAGGACCUCAACGCCAAGCUCCACGCCCCGACCGAGACGCCCGAGGACUGGAAAGCUAUGAAACAUGUCAUGGCCAACCUCGAUGACACCGUCGCCGGCCACGUCUCCCGCAUCCGUGCCAUGCUCGCCAAAUACGACACCCUCGAGUCGUUUGGCUUCCGUAUCGACGACUCGGAGGCGUACCUCAAGUGGGAUGCCGUCCGCUGGCCGCGCCGCAUCUCGGAACAAGUCAUCCACACUCAGAACGCGCUUGCAGACGCCGAGCGCAUCUUUCAGCAGGAGCUCGCCGACAAGCAAAAGGCCUUUGCCCUGCAAGCCAUCAAGCUCGAAGACUCGCUCCGCGAGGCUGAGGGCUACGGCGACCUUGACCGUGCCCCGCUCUAUCUCUCGGCGCUCCGCACUCUCAAGCGCAACGUCGACGACGCCGUCGACAUUGCCGCUACCUUUAAUGACCACGAGUCUAUUUUCGGCCACUCGCUGACCUCGUACGCCCAUCUUGUCGAACUGGCCGCCGCCGUUGCGCCCUUCCUCCGCCUCUGGGACAUCGCUGCUACCUGGGACGACACCCGCGCUGCCUGGCUCGAGGACGAGUUUGUUUCACUCUCGGCAGAUGCUAUGCAGAACCAGCUCGAUGCCUGGCUUGACGACCUUACCUCACUCGGGGAGGCCUUUAUCCGCCUCGCUGUCCCACGCGCCGCCGUUCGCACCCUCCGUGCCCAGAUCACCGCCUUUGCUGCCCACAUGCCUGUCAUCUCGGCCCUCCUGGCCAUUGCCCACCUUGCGCCGCAGCUGCGCAACAAGCACUGGGCCGCCGUGACCAGGGCCACCGGCCAGGACUUUGUUCUCAAGCAGGACACUGAUCUCGCCUACAUUCUCGCCAACUACUCGUUUGCGCACUGCAUGCCCGAGCUCGAGGCCGUCGCCCGCGCUGCUCGUGCCGAGCGUCGCAUCGACGACACGCUUCGCGCACUCUGGCAGGAGCGGUACAACUUUAAGUUUGACGUUCUUCCCCAUCGCGAGACUCACUCGUACGUGCUGGAUCCGGUCGCCGUCGAAGACAUUGCCCAGCGCAACGAGGAGCACAUUCUCAAGGUCGAGGCCCUCCGCUCCUCGCCACACAUUGCCGAGUUCUCCAAGCGGCUUGCUGAGCUCAAGGCCGAGUUUGACAAGUUCUCCCGCCUCCUCGACGGCUGGCUCACCCUUCAGCGUCACUGGACUUACCUCCAGCCGGUCUUUGCAUCCGACAUCUCGCACCAACUCCGCGACGAGGCUCGCGAGUUUGAGCGCGUCGACAAGUUCUGGCGCCGCGUCAUGGACGCAAUCCACGACUCGUCGUCGUACUCGUCCAUCUCCACCCGCAACUACCACGAGUCGUUCGAGAAGAUGAACACCACCAUGGAGCGGGUCAAGGCCUCGCUCACUGGCUACCUCAACGUCAAGCGCUCCACCUUUCCGCGCUUCUUCUUCCUCUGCGACGGUGAGCUCCUCGAGCUGCUUGCGCUCUCGGCUCCAUCCGCGCUCAUUCCCUCGCUUCCAAAGCUCUUUUCUGGUCUCCACCACUUUGCCACCUCGCCGAUCUCGCCGAGUAUCACUCACAUGGCAUCGUCAUCUUCAGCCCCGCUCAUCGAGCUCCAUGCCCCGGUCCCACUCGUCAACGCCCAGCUCGAGGCCUGGCUCGCCGCCCUCACCCGCGGCAUGGUCUCCACCCUCUCUCACAUCGCCGUCUCCGCCCUCGCCUCCUACCCGGGUCCCGACAACGCCGCCGCACUCCUUGCAUGGGCCGCACCGCUCCCACCCCAGCUGGUCAUCCUGGUGGAGCGCAUCGCCUUUGCCACUACUGUCGAAGCCGUCGCUGAGCCGCUGCUCCCGCUCUCUGCUGCUCGCGAGUCUGCGCUCAUCGACGUCAUUGCCAAUGCGCUUCGGGCGCCGCCCUCGUCCGGAUCCGCCGAUGCUUUGCAGCCGCCGCGCUCCACCCUCGAGGUCAUGCUUCUCCUGCACACCUACUUUCGUGCCGUGUACUGCGAGCUCCUUGUGCCGGCCAACCCACUCUCGCCGGCCAAGCCAGCCACGCCCUGCACCCCGCGGACGCCAUCGUCACAGCCGGCCUCGCCACCGCUCUCGGCUUCCAGCUCCUCGUCCAAUCUUGCUGCUCUCUCCGCCUCGCAGCAAGUAGGGUCGGCCGCAAGCUUCCUCGCCACUGCAGAGCCGGACGUCCGCGCCGCCUAUGCCGGUCACCUCCGGUUCUAUGCCGACACCACCGACACCACCGGCCGUCUCGCCGUUUCUGCCCGCCAGUACGAUGCCGAGCUAAGUUACGACUUUGAGCUUGUUCCGCCGCAUGCCCCGCUCGCCAUCACCCCGCCCGAACGCGGUGCGGUUGCGGCGGCCACCUCGGCACUGGUCGCAUCGCGCCUCGUCGCCAUCACCGGCGAGCACUCGACCGGCAAGACCCGGACCGCCCUCGCCCUCGCCCCGAAUCUUGGUCGCUACCACGUCGUCUACUCGGGCUCGCCCUGCAUGCACUACGUCACACUCACCAAUUUGUUCAAGGGCGCCGCCGCCGCCGGCGCGCUCCUCGUCAUCAACGAUGUCGACCGCCUCACCACAGGCAUGAUGGCGGUGGCAGCCCAGCUGCUCGGUCGCCUCCUCCGUGCCCGCGCUGCUGGUAAGGCCGCCAUUGCCUUUGAAGGCUCUGAUGCGCUUCCGCUUGCUCCCUCCAUGGGUGUGGUCCUCACCGCUGCGCUGCUCUCCUUCUCGCCACCGUUCCAUUCGACCGUCGUUCACAAACCUCGCCUGCCGGGUGCAGCGCCGGGCGAUCGCCAGUGGUCUUCGCUCUCGGCCUCGCCGCUGGAGUCUCUGGUCGCCUUUGAGUCGGCUCAAUCGUUUGCCUCGUCACCAAUGCUGGCUGCUGACGCCGCAAACGCCGCCGAAGCCGGUGAUGCCGCCGCGGCCGUCCCAGCGCCGCCGGCUGUGGCUCCGGGCAUCUCCUCGCUCAACGUUGCGCUGUACUCAGCCUCGCAUCUCUCGCCGUUGCCGCCGGCGCUCAAGGCAGCCUCGCGGACCAUCGCCCUAGCUGCUCCGUCGCUCCACGCUAUUGCUUCCGCGAAUCUCGCAUGUGCCGGCCUUGUCCACGCCGCCACGCUGGCGACCAAGCUUGCCGCCCUCGCCGAGCUCGUCCCCGCUAUUUGCGCCCGCUCCGUUCUCCGCGUCUGUCGCCUUGCCACCGCGAUGUGGCGCUCGGUCGAGAGCGCUUCCCUUCUUCCGCCGCAGGCCUACACCCACGAAGCUACCAUUGUCGUUGCCGCCGUCCGCAUGUGGAUGGCGCCCCGCCUCGACAAAGCCGACAUGCAGAGCUUUGAGGAUGCCCUCGCAGCCGCCUUUCCGCGCGGCUGUGAAGCAAGCCCACAUCCUGGCCUUGCCGUCCCGCGCCAUGUACCGCUGCUGGAUGCCACGGCCGCUGCCGCACAUGCCAAAGACCUUGGCCUCGAGGCCACGCCUCAGCUCCUUGCGUGUGCCACUGCGCUCUGCGACGCCGCGGCUCUUGCGCGCGGCGUCAUGCUUGUCGGCUCGCCGGCGUCGGGCAAGUCUGCCGCACUUGCGCUCUUCCGCGCACACCUUGCCGCUGUUGGCGGCUGGCGGGUGGCGGCGGUCUACCCAGCCUCGCUCACCUACGGUCAGCUGUACGGCUCGAUUAACCCGUCGACGGGCGUUUGGGUCGACGGCCUUGUUGCACACCUUGUCCGCGCUGCCGCAGCCGCAUCUGCAGCCUCUGGUGCCCGCACUCUGAUUGUCUUCGAUGGCCCGCUCUCGGCCCACUGGGUCCGUCCGCUCUUCGACCUUCUCGGCGCUCACCCUGUCCUCUGCCUCGACUCGGGCGAGCGCGUGCUCUCAACCCCGGACUUGCAUUUGGUGUUUGAGACCGAGUCGCUCGACCUCGCGCCGCCGUCGCUCGUCGCGCAGUCGGCUAUUGUUCGCACUCCGGGCCCGCUCUCGUGGCGGCUGCUGGUCGCCCCCGCGCUGGCGCGCUUUGAGCGCGAGUACGGGCCCCAGAUGGGUGUUCAGCAACUUGAUGUCGCUGCCACCCUUACUCGCCUCCUCGUCGACUCGACACUCGUGGCGAAGGCGGUCUCAGUCCGAGGGGCCUUCACCGCAGUGGCCUCCUUCCUCGCGCUGCUCGGCUCCGAGCUGGCAUCGUACCGCGGCGUCGAUCUCUCGUCGUCGCCUGAGUUUGGCCGCCUUCACCCUCUCCCGUCAUCAGAGACUGCUCUCGCGGCACGACUCGAGGCGCUGGUUCUCUUUGCCGCCGUCAACACACUUGGUGCGCUCCCGGUCAGCUCGGCACGGACCGGGUGGAUUUCUUGGCUCGGUGGCGCACUCUCCAGCUUUGGCAUCGAGCUCGACGCACUCGGCGUCGAGACCGUGGCACAACUUGCCGACGUCGUGCCGAAUCCGAAUGCAACGGCAGAGCCGCACCUGGUCUCGUGGGCCGACUACGCCGCCGGCCGCGGCCUGUUUGUCACCAUGCCGGUCGUGGGCACUCCUAUUCGUGCCCACCGCGGCUUUGCUGCCUCGACCGUCCGUGUCCAGUACCUGACCUCCAAGCUCCUCAACGCCGGACACCAUGCGUCGGGCUUUCAGCUCGCGCUCGACCGGGUCCUCACACGCAAGCGAAAGAACGUCUGGGGCCCGAUUGCCCACGGCCAGACCCGCGCCAUCCUCGCCGACGACUUUGAGUUCCGCAUGGAAGAGGGUGCGCUUGGCGAGCUGCUCCGCCAGUGGCACGACACAGGCGGCUGGCACGACGCCACCAAGCCGACAACCUUUCGCUUUGUCGAGUCGAUUCAGUUUGUGUUGGCCUCCCUCGACGCCGACGCCGACCCGCUGCCGCCGCGGCUGGCCCAUCGGUUUGUCACGCUUGCCGUUGAACCACCGUCGCACGACGAGCUCGUUGUUGCGCUCGCGCCCGCCGUUGCUGUUCACCUCCAUACCGCCCACAAGCUCUCAUCGCUCGACCUUAGGUCGCUCUCGAAGCCUCUUGUCGGUGGAACGCUCGCGCUGUACCACGACCUUGCGCUGGCGCUUCCCGCCUCGCACGCGCGGCCGCACUACGCCUUCAACAUUCGACAUGUCGUCAAGGUACUUGACGGCCUUGUCCUUGCAGUCCGCGGCGGUCUCGAGUCUGUGGAAGACGUGCUCGAGGCGUGGCACCACGAGCUCCGACGGGUCUUUGCUGACGGCCUCGUCGAGCUUGAGCACCGGACAUGGGUCGCUCGCUGGAUCGCCACCCACGGCCCACAGCUCUUUGCAGGCAUUGCCGAUGCCCAAGUGCUAGCCGAGCUCUUUGCAUCGCCGCCGCGGCUGUUCAACACCCUCAUGCCAAGCGUCGCCAAGGACCACCCGUACGCGCCGGUGGCUUCGGGUGACAGUCUUCUCGACGUGGUCGACAAUUUUGUGACCGAGCUCAAUGCGUCGACACAGACCCCGCUCAAGCGGGCCUUCCUCAUGGACGCUGUGUCGCACAUCUCUCGCCUCAACCGCGUCUUUUCGCUCCAGCGCUCGCACGCGGUCCUUGUCGGCGCAACAGCAGCGCAGCGGACAAGCCUCGCUCGGCUCGCCGCUGUCCUCUCGCACGUCGCCCAGCGUGCCAUCCUCGAGCUCUCGGCCACGCUCCACUCCGACGAGGUCGAGUGGCGCAAGCUCCUCUCGUCUGCGCUGCUUCGGGCCGGUGGCCUCGGCCUUGCCACGGUGCUCAUUGUCGAUGAGACCCAGCUUGCUGCCGAGUGCGUCCUCGCCGACUUGGCCAUUGUCAUCAACUCGGGUCACGUUCCCAUCACCCUCUUUACCGAGGAGCAGCAGCAAGCCGUUGCGCGCCACAUCCGCAACACUCAUCCGGGCAUGGUCGAAGGCGCCGCCAUCUACGUCCAGUUCCUCCGCAACAUCAAGACCCAUCUGCACCUGGUGUUUGGCUUUGACGCCGCCUCGCCCACCAUGCACUUUGUCACCCGCCACUACCCGGCACUGCUCAACUGCUGCACCCUCGACUGGUUUGACACCGUGCCCGACGACGACCUGCGGCUGGCCGCGCACCAGGUUCUUCACAACGUGCCUGGUGCACUGCUGAGCUCGAGCAUGCUUGAGAGCGUCGGUGACCUGCUUGUCGACCUGCACAAGGUGGCCGUGCACGUGACGGGCGCCUUUGCGCUCGCCACCGCGCUGCCGACCCCGGUCUCGCCCGCAAGCUUCACCGAGUUUCUCUCCGAGGUUGUGGAGGUCAUCAAGCACCGCUCGCAAGAGUACUCGGAGCGGGCACAGGUGCUCACCGCGGCGCUGCUACAGGUCGACAGCGCCAACGCGGCGGCGGCCCAGCUCAAGAUCGAACUCGUUGGCCUAUACCAGACCAUCACCGAACGUGAGGCUACCAUUGCGGCGCUCGAGGAGGAGCUGUCGGACGACCACGCUUCGAUUCGGCACUUUGAGGACGAGCUGGCUGUUCUCAGCCAGGCCAUUGACGCCAAGAACGCGACUGCGAGUGAGCUCGAGUCGGUACUGCAAGUCUCAGAGGAGACGGUGCUGCCCAACAUGGUGCGCGCCAAGAAGCGGCUGAAGCAGCUACAGCGACGGACCCAGCUGAGCCUGGCGUCCAAAACCAAGCCGUCGCUGGCCCUGCGGCUGGUGAUGAAGGCCAUCUGCAUCAUCCGCGAAAUCACACCACGCUACGUCAUGGUGCCCGGAACCGGCGCCGAUGGCGCGCCGAUCCGCGAGGAGACGUACUGGCCUGAGGCCAAGAUCUUGCUCGCCGACGGCAAGUUUGUACGCAACCUUCUGUUCGUUGACCCGAUGCAGCUGACCGACGAGUCUGUGGCCAAGCUUGCUGACGUGCUCGCGCACGAGAGCUUCCAGGGCAAGGCGGUGGUCAAGCUCCGGCGGCCGGUCCGUCUACUGUACGACUACGUGCACGCGGCGUACCAGCUGAGAGUCACGCUCACCUCGCUCAAGCCGCAGCAGGAGGAGCUUCGCAUUCUGCGGAUUGAGAUUGAGGGCCUCCUCGUCGAGCGGGCCGGGCUCACCGCCGAACUCCACGCGCUGUCGGCCAAGAUUGCGUCGCGCGACGCCGAGCUUGUGUCGGCGCGCAACGAGCUCGUAGCGGCGCGGGCGACCAAGGAUGCUCAUGUGGCGCGGGUCCAGCACGCGCAAAAGCUCGAGUCGAUGCUCGAAGACAACGUGGCAACCUGGGGUGAGCGGCUCAGCGAGCUGCGGAAGCGGCUCGAGGCGCUGCUGGGUGACGCACUAGUGGCGGCGACCUUCCUAGUCUAUGGCGGCCCGCUCUCGGUCGAAGCGCGAAACAGCCUGGCAAGCAAGGCAAUCCAGGCUGCGGUUGCUGCGGGCUUGCGCCCGUCGCAGACCGAGGAAACCUUUGACCUCGGUGAGCUGCUGAUGGGCAAGGCUGAGCGGCUUGGAUGGGCGGCGCUCGGCCUUGAUGCCCGCGACCGGUUUGCGGCUCAGAACGCAGUCAUCAUGUUUGUCAACAACCAGCGAUGGCCGCUGCUCAUUGACCCGUCGGGCAACGGCGUACGCUGGGUCCGCUCCCUCGAGGGCGAGCCUCUCCGCGAAAUCCGGGCUGGCUCGGACAAUGUGAUGGCGGCGGUGAGCCGCGCUGUCCGCGACGGCGUGCCAGUCCUCCUCCACGGCAUCCUCUCCGACGCCGACCUGCCGCCUGCGCUCGGCCCGCUGCUCUCCAAGCUUUACUUUACCGACAACGAUGGGCUCGGCGUGCGGAUUGGUGAUGUGGUGGUCAACGUUCGCGAGGGCUUCCACCUCUACCUAGCGACGCCACUGGAAGACGCAUCGUGUCUCACGCUGGUGACAUCGGGCAUUGUCGGCUGUAUCUCGUACCGGCACGCACCGACGACAGUGAGCCUUGCGCUAGGUCAGGCCAUUGCCGACGCCACUGCGCCGAGCCUCCGUGUGGAGGACAAGCGCGACGCGGUCAUUACGGCCGAGCUUGCGCUGCUGGAGGCGGAUGGGCACUUGCUCACGAUGCUGACAGAGUCCGCGAUAGACGCGCUGGUGGGCAGCGACGCGCUGCUGGACGAGCUCGGGCGGGCCAAGUCACAGCUACUGCUGGCAGAGAACGUGCUCGCCAAGCGGCGCGAGGCGCUCGGCGAGGCGCGGCGGGCGUUUGACGACGUGCUCGGGCCAGUGGUAGAGACUGCAGUCUCGAUGUACGGUGCCAUGUCUGACUUGCAUAGCGUCAACCCGGUGUAUCGGUUCUCGUUUGGCUGGUUCCAGGCCGCGCUGGUGGCGCAGCUGGCUCGACAGCUGGGCGAGGUGGUCGCUGCUGGAACAAGCGGCAGUGCCUCUAUGCCGCACACGGCGUCAGAGGCCAUGCUGGGCGAGGGCAGCGAGGCAGCCAUUGACCCGUCACUGGCCGCCGAGCUGGGCGAGGCAAUGCGAGUUGCGCGAGCGAGCGUCUUUGGCGAGGUUUCCAAGUCGCUCUUUGACGAGGAUGCACUGCUGUUUGCCACGCUGCUCGUUGUGCGCGACCGCGUGGCGAGCGGCGCCGUCUCGCGCGAGCUCUACGACGCGUUUGUGCACGGGCCGGGGGCAGGCGAUGGCGGUGGGCGGCGGUUUGGUGCAAAUCCGGCUCCCGAGUGGCUCAACGACGCCGCGUGGGCGGCCGUGUGUGCAACAGCCGGUACUGUACCUGGCCUCGAUGGGCUCUCGGCCGAGGUGACGAUGCGUCCAAGCGAGUGGCGCAAGUGGCUGGAGGCCAGUGAGCCGUGGCGGACGCCGCUGCCCACGGACAAGUGGCAGCGGCGGGUGCCGACAAAGUCGUUCCUGCGGCUGGUGCUGGUGCGGUGUGUGCGGCCGGACGCGCUGCUCGGCGCACUGCGGCACUACAUCUGGUUUGCCCGCGAGGACUACGGGCCCGAGUUUGUGAGCUCGCGGUUGGCAGACGUCGGGUACAUGCUUGCGCACGCGUCGCUUCCGCCAGGGGUGGCGUCGUGGUCGUGCGCGCCGGUGGCGAUUCUGCACGACGACGGCGUCGAUCCUCUCCUGCCGGUGGUUGCCCACGCCGCCGCCGCUGGCGUACCCGAGUCCAAGCUCCUCAUUGUCCCGCUUCACUCACACUCGGUAUGGCGCGCACCUAGUGAGCCUGAGAGCACGAGUGGAGUGUCCGCCUCGAGUAGUGCCGGAACCGGCACCAGCGGCAGCGGAUGGCCUGCCGCCUCGCGCGAGGUGGGCGAGCCUGCGCCGGGCGCCGCGAGUCUACUCGCCUCGGGCAUGUCGAAUCCUGCGCUGGCCGCGAGGGCGGGUGCAGGCGCAACCGCUGGCGCGGUGUCUGGCCUCAACACCUCGGCGCGGCGCGGGCUGGGGCGGGUGCGAGGGAGCGGUGCCGGAGGCGGGAGCGGGAGCCCAGUGAGUCUAGGAGGUUUGGUCGCCGCGGCGCCGACAGGUUCAACCGGCGCGUCGGAGCUGCAGCGGGCGUCGCUGGAGACGACGAUGGCCGGGCGUCUGCUGAGCUCUAAGCUCGACGGCGGGCUCGGAUGGGGCCCGCCGGUCAAGUCUGUACUGGACGCCGCCAACUCGUGGGGCCGAUGGGUGGUGCUCACCGAUGUGGACGAGGCACCGCAAGAGGUGCUCGACGAGCUUGCGCGGUACGUCAUGGGGCUCUCACCGGCGGUGACGCACACGGCGUUCCGGCUGUUUGUGCUGGCGAGCCCGGUCAUCUCACUCCCGCAGCCGCUUCUCUCGCAAUGCGUGACGCUUGUGGCGCAGGCCGCGCCGAGCGUGCGGUCGAGCGUGAUGAGCGCGUUCAGCCACAACGGCGAGAAGCUGAGCAAGGCACUCUCUGCCGACCGCCGAACGAGCUGGCGGCGCGCAGCGGUGGGUGUGUUCUUUGUGCAUGCGCUUGUUCGUGGGCGAUUCCGGUUUGAGCCGCAGGGCUGGUCGUGGCCUGUGGCGCUGCCGAGCUUGGCCACCGAGGUCGAGGUGCUUGGGGUGCUCGAGCGCGAGCUUGCAGCGCGGCCAGUCGGGCGUGACAUCGAGCAUGUGCUGGCCUUCGUCCGUGGAUGGGCCCGCGACGUGGCGUACGGUCCGCUCUUUGGUGCGCCGCUGGACCGCUGGAUUGUGGAGGCGCUGCUGCGGUCGGUGCUGCGGCCAGAGAUUGCGGACGAGAGCCGCAACUUUGUGCUCCGCGGCGAGUACGUGCUACCCAAGGCGUCUGCCGGACUCCCGUCCGAGUAUCUCGAGCAUGUCAAGACCCAGUUUAGCAGCGACGAUCCGGCGAGCGUGUUCGGCCUCCCGGAUUCGGUGACGAGCGAGGCCAACCGGAAGCAUGUCCACCACUUGCUUGCCGCACUGGCAAGCCUCGAUCUUGUGCACGCAGACUCUGACUCGGUUCCGCCUCCGCGACACACAAUCUCGUCGUGGUCGGACGAGGCAACGACGGUCAUUGCCACGCUUGCACAGCGGGUGCCGGAGCAGAUUCCGGGGAAGCUGGUGGCGGUGCCGGAUCACGCGUCGCUGAGCGUGAAGCUUGUGGCGCGGCAGGUGAGUCGGUACAACAAGUUGCUCCAAGUAGUCCAUGACUCGCUGGCGGAGCUGAGCGCGGCGCUCGCCGGUCGGGCGGUGCUGAGCCUCGAGCACGAAGUGCUCUGCGAGCAGCUUCUUCGCGGGCUUAUUCCGUUUCAGUGGGCGGUUGUCUCUUACGAGCACAUGUACGGCCUGCAAAGGUUCCUCGAUGAUCUUGCGCGGCGUGUGGCGAGCGUGCGGCGGGUGUGCAGCGGCGAGGCUGCCGGCGGCCUACAUGCCGGCUCGGUCGAUGUCUCGAUCCUCUUUGCCCCGCGCGAGCUGUUUGCGGCGGUCCGCGAGGCGGCCGCGGCGGCACUGGAGACGACCUUGGACAUGGUCGAGGUGCGUCUCUCGUUUGCGGCCGAUGAGGUUCAGGCCGCGACGGCGGCAGGGGGCGGCGGCAGCGCUCGCGCGCGUGCCGGCCUGUGCGUCGAUGGUCUCUGGAUCCAGGGCGCGCAGUGGUCUCCGGACCGCAGCGUGGUGAUGGAGAGCAGCGAGAGUGCCGGAUCUGCACCGAUGCCACGCGGGGUGCUGAGCGGCGUGGCUGUUCGCAAGCAUGAAGAUGCCCAAGCCGAGGCUGGAGUGGUGCGGGUGGCUGUCCCUGUGUGGUCGACCGAGUGGCGAGCCGAGACGCCGCUGGUGUGGGUGGAGCUCGACGCGUCGCCGACGCUGCAUGUUGAUGCUGUGCAUGCGGUGGAGGACGAGUGGGCGCUGCGGAGCGUGGCGCUGCUGUGCGAGGCGCCAAACAGGGUGUAGCUAGCUACUAAACGCGUUUAUCUACC